AUGCCCAGUGAAUGGAGAGCGGCGGGCGGGCGCGGCAGCGCCGCGGGUGGGAGCGCCGCCGCCACUCGUCCGCCCCUCGCCGCCUCCCGGUCCCGGCUCCGCCGGCCGUCAGCGCGCGGGUGCCGGCCCACGGCGGCAGCAGCCGAGCGGCGACGGGCAGCGCCUGAGGAGCUCGCGGAGCUUUGAGUUGCCGCCCAGCGCCUCCGCGGGUCACCUGCCCGGCCCAGGUGGGGCGAUGCAGAGCGGAGGAGGCUGCUUGGGAGAUUGCCGCCGCUUCUGAUGGAUGUUUUGUGUGUAUUUAUCUUCGCUCCCGGUUUCUCUUUCAUCUGAAGACGCAUCUGGCUCGAGCUCUGUUAAACUAUCUGCCUUCUGGUACCGCUCGUAGAUAACAGAAGGAAACCUGAGCCCGAAAGGCAAUCCCCCACCUUCUUCCACCUAAUGUAACCCUUUCAGGCUCCUUUGAAGGCAUUUCAUCUUGAAGGGCUGGCUGCUCUCACACACUUUUAUAUCCGCUGGAGUGAUCGAGAAAUCAUGUCUGGUGGAAGAAGUGAGUUUCUGUGCCUUGGAAUGAUCUUGGGCUUUUGGAGCUCCGUGAGUUGGAUGCCUGUUGGAGGCUGCCCGCAUAAAUGUACGUGCAUUGCUUCCAACGUGGAUUGUCAUGGACUAGGACUCAAAACUGUACCGAGGGAUAUUCCCAGGAAUGCUGAGAGACUUGAUCUGGAAAAAAAUAACAUAACGAGAAUCACAAAGAUGGACUUCUCGGGACUGAAGAAUCUCCGUGUCUUACACUUGGAAGAAAAUCAGAUCAGUGUGAUAGAACGUGGAGCGUUUCAGGAUCUAAAGCAACUUGAACGACUGCGUCUGAACAAGAACAAAUUGCAAGUUCUUCCAGAGCUCCUUUUUCAGAACACGCAGAAGUUAACCAGAUUAGACCUCAGUGAAAACCAGAUAAAAGGAAUCCCUAGAAAGGCCUUUCGAGGAAUCAUUGACGUGAAGAACUUGCAGCUGGACAACAACCAGAUCAGCUGCAUCGAGGAUGGAGCUUUCCGCGCCCUGCGCGACCUGGAGAUCCUUACUCUCAACAACAACAACAUCACCCGCAUUCCUGUUACCAGUUUCAAUCACAUGCCAAAGAUCAGGACUCUGCGGCUGCACUCCAACUUCCUGCACUGCGACUGCCACCUGGCCUGGCUGUCCGACUGGCUGCGGCAGCGACGCACCAUCGGGCAGUUCACCUUCUGCCUGGCGCCGGUCAGCCUGCGGGGCUUCCUGGUGGCCGAGGUGCAGAAAAAGGACUUCGUCUGCUCUGGUUCCCAAUCCGAACCACCAUCAUGCAGUGCCAGUUCCAUCACUUGCCCUUCUGCCUGCACCUGCAGCAACAAUGUAGUGGAUUGUCGAGGAAGGGGCUUAACAGAAAUUCCAGCUAACCUACCGGAGGACAUUUGGGAAAUCCGUUUGGAACAAAACCUCAUCAAAGUCAUUCCCCCUGGAGCUUUUACCCAGUACAAGAAACUUAAGAGAAUAGACAUCAGCAAGAAUCAGAUAUCUGAAAUUGCACCGGAUGCAUUCAAAGGCUUGAAAUCUCUCAUUUCAUUAGUGCUCUAUGGAAACAAGAUCACAGAGAUUCCCCAGGGCCUUUUUGAUGAUCUUGUGUCUCUGCAGCUGCUGCUUCUCAAUGCCAAUAAGAUCAACUGUCUGAGGGUAAACACGUUCCAAGGUCUGCAUAAUCUCAAACUGCUAUCUCUUUAUGACAACAAAUUGCAGACCAUCAGCAAGGGGCUCUUUGCACCUCUCCGAUCGAUCCAAACUCUACAUUUAGCUCAGAAUCCAUUUGUGUGCGACUGCCAUUUGAAGUGGCUGGCUGAUUACCUGCAGGAUAAUCCGAUAGAAACCAGCGGCGCUCGAUGCAGCAAUCCGCGUCGCCUUGCCAACAAACGAAUCAGCCAGAUCAAGAGCAAGAAGUUCCGCUGCUCAGGGUCAGAGGAUUACAGAAGUAAAUUCACUGGGAAGUGUUUCAUGGAUCUUGUCUGUCCUGAGAAGUGUCGCUGUGAGGGAACAGUUGUGGACUGCUCCAACCAAAAGCUAACCCGAUUACCCAGCCACCUUCCUGAAUAUACCACUGAUCUGCGUUUGAAUGACAAUGACAUUUCUGUUUUGGAAGCUAUUGGACUCUUCAAGAAAUUGCCCAACCUCAGAAAAAUAAAUCUGAGCAAUAAUAAGAUCAAGGAGAUUCGAGAAGGCACAUUUGAUGGAGCUUCGGGAGUGCAGGAGCUGAUUCUGACAGAGAAUCAACUGGAAUCAGUGCACGGACGAAUGUUUAGAGGCCUCACGGGGCUGAAGACACUAAUGCUGAGGAGCAACUCUAUCAGCUGCAUAAACAAUGACACCUUCGCUGGACUGAGCUCAGUGAGGCUUCUUUCUCUGUACGACAAUCACAUCAGCACCAUCACACCUGGAGCCUUCAGCACAUUAGUCUCUUUGUCUACAAUCAAUUUGCUGGCUAACUCCUUUAAUUGUAACUGUCAUUUGGCCUGGCUGGGAAAGUGGUUGAGGAAGAAGAGAAUUGUCAGUGGAAAUCCACGCUGCUUGAAACCCUUUUUCUUGAAGGAUAUUCCAAUCCAAGAUGUAGAUGCCCAGGAUUUCACCUGUGAGGGUAAUGAUGAAAGCAGCUGCUUGCUUUCUCCUCCCUGUCCUUCCCAGUGUACCUGUGUGGACUCGGUGGUACGUUGCAGCAACAAAGGGCUGCGAGUAAUGCCCAAAGGAAUUCCCAAAGAUGUGACUGAGCUAUACCUGGAAGGGAACCACCUGACUGCUGUGCCGAAGGGACUCUCUGCCUUCAGGCACCUGACACUGAUUGAUUUGAGCAACAACAGCAUAAGUGUAUUGGCCAAUUAUACCUUCAGCAACAUGACCCAGUUAUCAACACUCAUCUUGAGCUACAACAGACUUCGGUGCAUUCCAGUCCACGCGUUCAAUGGGCUCAGGUCUCUUAGAGUGCUGACGCUCCACGGGAAUGAUAUUUCCAGUGUUCCCGAAGGUUCAUUCAACGACCUGGUGUCCCUGUCCCAUCUGGCUCUAGGUACCAACCCUUUACACUGUGACUGCAACCUCCGCUGGCUUUCCGAGUGGGUGAAGGCAGGGUACAAAGAGCCAGGAAUAGCCCGCUGCAGCGGGCCGGAAGCCAUGGUGGACAGGCUGCUGCUCACAACACCAACCCACCACUUCCAGUGCAAAGAGCCGGUAGAUAUCAGCGUUGUGUCCAAGUGUAACCCCUGCCUCUCCAAUCCAUGUAAGAACAAUGGGACAUGCAGCAAUGAUCCAGUGGAGUUUUAUCAGUGCACCUGCCCUUUUGGCUUCAAGGGUCGGGACUGCAGUGUGCCCAUUAAUUCUUGCAUUCAAAAUCCAUGUCAGAAUGGAGGGACCUGCCACCUCACCGAGGCAAAUAAAGAUGGAUUCAGCUGUUCUUGCCCCCUUGGCUAUGAGGGGGAGAGGUGUGAAAUAAACCCAGAUGACUGCGAAGAUAAUGACUGUGAGAAUAACUCUACGUGUGUGGAUGGGAUCAACAACUAUGUCUGUCUCUGUCCUCCUAAUUACACAGGUGAACUGUGUGAUGAGGUGAUUAACCACUGCAUUCCUGAGCUAAAUCCAUGCCAACAUGAGUCCAAAUGUGUUCCACUUGACAAAGGAUCCAGAUGCGAGUGCUUGCCUGGUUACAGUGGCAAACACUGUGAAAUAGAUGACGAUGACUGUGUGGGCCAUAAGUGUCGCCAUGGAGCUGUCUGCGUAGAUGCAGUCAAUGGCUACACCUGCGUCUGUCCUCAGGGCUUCAGUGGACUUUUCUGUGAAACUCCUCCACCGAUGGUUCUGCUCCAGACGAGCCCAUGUGAUAACUACGAGUGCCAGAACGGGGCCCAGUGCAUCGUCGCACACCAGGAGCCCGUCUGCCGCUGUCUUGCUGGCUUUGCUGGGCAAAAGUGUGAGAAGCUCAUCACGGUGAACUUUGUUGGGAAGGAUUCCUAUGUGGAGUUGCCAUCAGCAAAAAUUCGCCCUCAGGCAAACAUUUCCCUUCAGGUAGCAACAGACAAGGACAAUGGCAUCUUGUUGUACAAAGGAGACAACGAUCCUUUGGCUCUGGAGUUGUACCAAGGACAUGUGAGGCUCAUCUAUGACACACUGAAUUCUCCACCUACCACAGUAUAUAGUGUGGAAACAGUAAAUGAUGGGCAAUUUCAUAGUGUGGAACUUGUGAUGCUGAAUCAAACUCUGAACCUGGUGGUGGACAAGGGGACUCCCAAGAGUCUGGGAAAACUCCAGAAACAGUCUUCUGUCAGCCUCAACACACCGCUCUACAUUGGAGGGAUCCCGACCUCUACUGGAUUAUCUUCGCUGCGCCAGGGUGCAGAUAAGACACCAAAUGGCUUUCAUGGAUGUAUUCACGAUGUUCGCAUCAAUAACGAGCUACAGGAUUUCAAGGAUUUACCACAGCAGUCGAUAGGAGUCCUUCCUGGCUGUAAAUCCUGUAACAUCUGCAAGCACGGCAUUUGCCGAUCCCUGGAAAAAACGAGUGUGGUUUGUGAGUGUCACCCCGGCUGGACGGGCCCCCUGUGUGACCAGGAAAUUGGAGACCCAUGUCUUAACCACAAGUGUCUGCAUGGGAAGUGCAUGGCAGCCAACGUUGCUUACACCUGUAAGUGCAUGGAAGGCUACACAGGCACGUACUGUGACAAGAAGAACAAUUCCUCGAACCCCUGCAGGAUUUUGAAAUGCAACCAUGGGCAGUGUAAGAUUUCUGAGCAUGGGGAACCCUACUGUGAAUGUGAUCCCAACUAUAGCGGAGACCACUGUGACAGAGAGAAUCUCUGCCAAGGGGAGAUCAUUCGAGAAGUGGUCCGUAAGCAGCAGGGCUACACGACGUGCGUCACCGCCUCCAAAGUGCCCCGCAUGGAAUGCCACGGCAGCUGCGGCAGCGGGCAGUGCUGCGUCCCACUGCGGAGCAAAAGGAGGAAAUACUUCUUCCAGUGCGUGGAUGGCUCCACCUUCACAGAGGAACUGGAGAGACACGUGGAGUGCGGCUGCUCAAAAUGCUCAUAAGCCAUCCUCCAGCCCCUCGCCACUUUAAUCGACUCAGAAGUGCUAUCAAAAUGGGACCUAUUUACUUUCAGAGUGAAGAAGAAAAGAAUUAUUAAGUAUAUUGUAAAAUAAACAAAAAAUAGAACUUAUUUUUAUUAUGGAAAGUGACUAUUUUCAUCUUUUAUUAUAUAAAGUAUCACACCACUUUGGGUAUAUGUAUCAUAUAGUGAGUUAUUUUUACCAUGAAGCUUUUUUAACAGUUGUAAGAAAAAAAAAUUAAAAAGUUAAAAUUUAAAAAAAUUAUAUAAAGAAAACAUAGCCUAACAGGAGAAAUGUUGGGGUGGGGGGGGGGGGUUUAUAUGUAUGCACAACAGACAAAUGUAAAGGCGUUCCAAGGACCUGCUGCGGAAUCGAUACGGGCUGAAGAAAUCUCCCAGGCUGUGGGCUGGGUCUGCACCAAAGCAGAUCCCCGUGCUGACAGCCUCCUGCCUGCCCACACACCCUGAGCAGCCUCCCCUCGGUCCCCUGCUCUGCCUAACACUGCCAAUGCUGCUUUGGUCCUGCACAGUGGCUCCGCUUGAUAUCCUUGAACUGGUUCCCUAUAGCACGUAGGCAGUGCCGUAGCUUAAGGCUAACGACGUUAUCUGACUAUUGUAAUGCUAUAAUACAUUUUUGCUGUGUAUGUUGUAUUUAUCUGUGUUCACAAUAUAUUCUUCAGCAACUGUAUCUAUAGAGCACAGGCAGCUUUAUACAAAAGAAGGGGACAAAGGGAAAGAAAGUGGGGAAGUAUAUGUUGCUUUGGGAAAUUUGGGGGCAAAACGUGAAAUAAGUGCUAAGUAAUGCCUAAUAAAUGACAUAGUAGUUUUGUGUUAAUUCCUCAGCUAUGUUAUUUCCCAGGUUUGUGCCUUCUUGCUCCCAGCCUCGAGCCCUUUUUUGUAUACGAAAUAUAAAGAAUGCACUGCUACUAAAUUUGUCAUGCCUUGACACUGUAACUCGCAAAGGUCGUAAAGAGCACGAAAGUGGUGCAGGUGCCAGGAUGUACCUGCAGCAAAAUGGCUUUGACUCUCACCGUCACUUCAGCCAUGGACGUAAGCUGGUCUGUAGCUGCCUGUUGAUCAGCACGGGUACCAAGCAGCUGGCUGCCUCUCCACAGCUUUUUGAAUGAGCAGAAGUUGCACUGUGUCCUUGUGAAGUUAUUCAGCCAAUAUUUGUUGAUCUUAGCAGCGCUCUCUUCUCUGCACAGGGAGAGACAUUUAUAGCUACAUCACAUUCCAUUCUCACAUUUGGUGCAGACUGACCAAUCCAGCCAAAGCUUUUCCAUCUGCACUAUUUUAUAUAUCCUGCACUUGUUUCUCCCAAAGGGCUCCCAGUAACUUUAGCUGCGUUCAGAGCAGAUGCUGAAUAGGAAGCCAAGUCAAUGCAGGGAUAAAUUCUCACUGUGAAUGUGGAACAAGAAGUGACUCUUUGGGAGGAAGUUUGAUUUUUGGAGGGUUUUUGGCAGGGCUACCUUUCAGGGUCAGUACGUACGUGAAAAGAGAACCACAGAUACCUUGAAUUUUCUUGCUAUCAAUUUCAAACAUCUCUAUCUGUAACUGUUCCACUAUCAGUGUAAUUUCCUUCCUUCCCUGGCGUAGCAAAGUAUUACGGUGCUUUCUUCAAUUUCUCUAAGAGAGGUGAAGUCAGAGGUGAGUUCUAGCAGCCAAAAGCCCCCUUUGGGAACACUCGGUGGUCUCACCGCAGAGAUUCCAGCUCAAGGGCUUCAGCAGCGGAUCAGUGGGAGAGCUGAAUGAAGCAAAUGGGGCUUUUGUUUGAAUGAAGAUCCACAGAAUAGAAUCCUGCCAUGAAAAGUGCAGAUGUUUAUUUGCUAAAAAACUGAUCCUGUAGCCAUCACCCAACCAAAAAGCUGCAGCAUGCUGAGCGCUCUUCUGCUACCGAAAUCUCCUCUUAACUGCAGCAGUUCAUCCGAAUUUCUCUGUCACUACCAGAGCAGCUCGAGCAGAAGGGAUGUAACCAAUAAAAUAGCAUUCUUUCGAAAUAAGUAUCUGUAUGAGGAGCCUGCAAUCACUGGAAUAGAAAACAAUCUCUAGUUAAUGUGCCAAGAUCUGAUUGAAACAGGACAGUUCAAGAGCCAUGGGACAACUGACCCUGCUUGCAAAUACCCUGCACUCCUCUUUGAGUAUUGCAUCGGGAUGUCGAAGCAGCUGGAGUUCAUGGUGUACAACAGAAAUCAGCCAAACCUACAGUCUGCAGAUUUAUAACUCCAUGCAGAUAACUGCAGGUGGCUGCACAAAGAUGUGCCUGCACACCACUACCAUUAGUGUUCCAUUCCUGCUUAACGCAUGGUAGUUUCUGAAGGAGCAGCUGCUGUUAUGCCAUGCAGAAGCACACAGCUGGGCAGCGGUUACAAGGCUGCUGUGUGCUCCACAACUUGCAGCCACUAAGCAGCCAAGGCCGGCAGAAACGCUGCCCCUCUUGAACACUAACCUUGCAUUUGUUUGCUUUGUCCCGUGAGCAGCAGCGCACAGGAGAGAGAAGGUAACGUGUACUUGCGGCCUCACACCUGCUUGGGGGUGCUUUAGAGGAAUGACCUUGACUGGCCGGGCAAAAGCCAUCAAUGCCUUGUUAGUGGUCGCUCUAGGAUUUGUUUCACCAAGGCUUUGCAGCAAAGGGACCAGCACAGCACAGCUGGCCCUGUUCCCAGCCCCUUUUCUAUCACAAUGCUAAGUGUUGGGAUAAAGAAAUGCCUAUUUUGUAACCAAAUGAUGCAAUUUUUGUAUGCUUUUUGGCAGCACUUGCCAUCGGGUAGUGAUGCUUUAUGUCAAUGAUUCUAUGACUUGCUACAGAACUAUUUUACGUUAAGAAGAAAAUAAAGAGCAUUCAGAUGUGCCAAAAAAUGUGAGGUUAAGUGAAGUGUAAUUAGCUCUGAAAGCUCCUCUGUAACCUGCCUAAUGUCACAAUGGAUUUCAACUACUGUGGGUACAGUGCGCUGGUUUUUACCUCUAUAAAGUUUUAAUAUAAAGUGAAGAAAGAUGCUAACCCUUAAAAUCCGGCAAUGCAGACUGGUGUGAACUGAUGUAUUUUAUGAAUAGAUUCUCAUUGUGAUGUAAGUUUAAAUAAAUUGUUGGGUUAUGGAAGAUUGUAACAUA